UGCUGCGUUAAUUUGAAUUCGGCCAAAAUGGCGGCGGUGGUGCUACCGGAUGGAGUUGCGGCUCCUUUACCUGGACGGUGCGCUUUUUACGUGGCGAAAAAGAAACGUUACUGCAAAAUGGUGGUCGGAAAAGGGAAAAGAUUUUGCGGCGAACAUGGAAAUGUGGAUUCAGACAGUGAUAGAAAGCGGAUCCCCUGUCCUCUAGACCCCAAGCACACUGUGUAUGAGGACAUCUUGAAAAAACACCUGGAAAAGUGCAAUUCCAAGCAGAAGCCCAAACCUGUGUACUAUGUGCAAGACAUCAACGCUGGUCCUGGAACUGAAGAUAAUGAUGCUGUCGAUGAGGUGUCCCUUGCUGAGAGAUCGAAAGAGGAGCUGGAUAGUCUAAUUCAGAAACUAAAGACUGCAGUAAAAGGAUUAAACACAGCACCUGAUGCCAGCCUUCUCUCUCAUCCAGCUUUAAAUGAAGCCCUCAAUGAUCCCAAGAAUGGGAAUUUUGCUUUUAAACAUCUCAAGCAGCAGGCCUCGAUCCUGGGGAAUAUGGAGGCUCUGGAGCUGCUCGGGCCUGAGAGAUGUUAUGUGGAGUUUGGUGCUGAGGGUAAACUCUCCCACUGGAUUCACGUCGCACUCCAGGAAGCUGAGAAUGUCCACUUCCUGUUAGUGGAGCGGUCUAGUACUCGCUUUAAGGUAGACGGUAAACACAAAAACACAGACUCGACAUUCAACAGGCUACAGGUUGACAUUCAGCACCUCGACUUGAGCAGAGUGCCGUUUUUACAAGAAAAGCAGCUUCCUGUAAUUGCAGUGGGCAAACAUCUGUGUGGUGCAGCAACAGAUUUGGCUCUGAGGUGUUUAUUUGAGUGUAGUGCAAAAGACAAAGACAGCGAGCCUUCCAAUAAACGGAUAAAACUGCAAGUUGAUGUAGAAAGAGCCGCUGAGGUGAUGCGUUCUUCUAAAGGCAUCGAAGAGGUCGCCGUGUCGGGGCUCGCCAUCGCCCUCUGCUGCCAUCAUCGCUGUGAAUGGAGGCAUUAUGUAGGAAAGGACUUUUUCCGAGAGCGAGGUCUCGGGGCAACUGAGUUUUCAGCUUUCCAGCGCAUGUCCAGCUGGGCUACGUGUGGAAUGAAAAGAGUUAAAUCCAUCUUGAAUCCUGAGAAAUCCUCCCAGGAGAACGACAAAGAUGACGAAGGACAAGAGGGUGAACAUGAAGGGAGUCCUGAUGACAUUCCUGAUCAUCUUAAUACUGCUGUGUCAGCAGAAGAACGCGAGCAUGUUGGACGCUUGUGCAAGAUGCUGAUUGAUCACGGCAGGCUGCAUUACCUUCAACAAAGAGGCUUCAAACCCAGUCUUAGAAUCUACACAAGCCCAGAUGUUUCUUUAGAGAACGUGCUUCUGACUGCACUUCCCAGCUAAACACACA